GAGCGCCAUUCUCUUAAUAUUGGAUGACAACUGCUACACUGUUAUCAUCACCCAGGUCGCAGUAUCCAACCCUCAAGCACACACACACAUGCAUACACGCAACACACACACACACAUACACCCACGCACGCAAUAUACGCAUUCACAGGUCCGAGUCUUCAAGGUGAGGAUCGGGACGAAGAGCGUUGGGUGCAGUUGACAACAAUGUGUUCGAAGGGAAUGAUGGUGGUUAAUGUGUUCUUAGGGACUCUGUGCUAGUUGUGUGUUUGUGUGUGCAACUGCUCGACUCCUGCAGUAUGAUUCAGCAUGGGUCGUCGUCGUUUAUGCAAGGGGACAUAUUCGAAGGCCCCGGUAGUCUCAGAGACAGAGGAAGAGAAACGUGCCCGUUACAAGCAACGUAAAGUUAUUCCGAGAUUUGAUGACCUUUUUCUUAACAAAAAUGAAAAUGCUAGACUUGACUCUUCAGAAGACUUUAUUGAUACCCUUAUUAAAGGAGUGAAGUCUGUGGAUAUCUCUGGAGAUACUCGGCUGAAGAUCGGCUCCAACUGCCGUAGAAAGCCUCCUGCAUUCAACAGUUUCCUGGGUAAUUCUACCUUGAGUGUGAGUCGCAUUUCUGCGAAUGAUACAUUUGACAAGCUUGUUGGGGAUGAGAGAGUUCCUCAAACAUCUCGGGUCAUCAACAGCCCAUCAACAUCAGGAAGUUCCCUUGAUUUUAGUGGUAUCUUGUAUAAAUCCCUUCAUGCCAAUGUCCCUGCUCGGAACCCAAAAAAGCCACGGGGUGCAAAAUUACAAUCUUUACGUGAAGUUAAAGAAGUUAAAGACACUGAAACUGAUGUAAAUUUUGGCAGUGCAGCUCUUCAGCUAGAUAGUGGUCAUCUCUCCUUCGAAAAAGAAUGUGCUGUCUCCUGUGCAAAGAAAAAAUUAAUACAGUCUCCGUCACUUUUCUCCUCGUAUGAUUACUCUGAUGUAGCUAAUGAUGAACAUGUACAAAGUGGUGAUAAUACUAAUCAACUUGCCCCGAAAAAGUUACCAAUGCCCUCGACAGACACAAAGUUAACAGAAUCUUUCCAGCUGUUUUCAUCAGAGGAUGAAUUGUUGGCUAUUACUGAUGAUGAGAAGGCAGCAGGGCAACCAGUCUGCAGGGAGCGCAGGCAUAAUAAAAAGCAGGCCACCAGUGAAAUGCAAGGCAGACAAAAUCUUCAUGCUAAAAAAGGAAGGCAUAAGAAAAAGAAAGAUGUAAUGGCUAUAGUUACUUCUCCCUCUUUAAGAUAUAAAGAUGCAGUGAAAGAAAACAUUAUGCCUGAUUUUAGUAUAGUUAAUGAAACAAAGAAAUUAAAUUCUUGUGAAAUCUUUGAGAGAAAGGUACCCAAGAUUUACGUAACACGACUUUCGGAGGCAGUAGUUAAAAAAUAUCUUGAUUCUGUAAAUGUGUCAUCUAUAGAAAAUAAAUUAAGAAACCCCUCUUCACAGAGUUUUUCAAACCAUAGCGACAGUUUAACAAUAGGUUGUCAGCAUUCAUUGUACCAGAAACAAACGUGCAGAAUAUCCGAGAAGUCCCAUGGGUCACAACAUUCUGGAAAAUCUAGUGUUAAAAGUGAUAUGUGCACAAGUACUCCUGCAGAUUCUAGUAGGCAUAAAACAGUUUUGAGCUUUCCCACAUCUUCAGAUGAAAAUGUACUCUCGCCAGUACCCAAGGAGAGCGGAAACUUUACUUUGGAAUCUUCAGUAUUUGACAGCCCAUUGGUUCUUGCAGAAAAUGACAGUGAUCACAGUUCCUCUUCAGUGAGCAAAUAUGAAACUUGCAAAUCGUCUAAUACAUGUGGAGUUAGUGAUAACAUUAGUUGUGAGACACAAAAUAAUAAGCCACAAGGAAGUUGUUACAAUAGUUCCAAUCAAAUAUCAAGGGAGCCAUUCAAGAGUGUGUUAAUUCCUGCAUUUAAUUUGAGGGGCUUGAAAACAGAAUCAUCCUCUGUCAAAGUCUGCCAAGAAGUUCAUGUUGCAGACCUGUCAAAAGCAAUUGCAGUUGAAAAAAUGAGAGAGAUUAAUAUAGAAGAGUCUGUUAAACUAGUUACAUUAAAGAAAAGAAAACGUGAGAAUAAAAGGCUUGUCAAAAGAUUAAAUUCACGUACAGAUUUCUCUGCAGCAGAAAACUCUGUAAUCCUUGUAACAAAGAGAGAUAGGGAUACAAUUAACCUAAACUAUAUCCUGCCAGGAAAAACAAGGAAAUCUUCAGCAGUUGCACUAAAGUCGAACUUUGAAUUUUCUCCGAUAUCGUAUCGUCAUUCCAAGAAAAAAACUUUGGAAUCGGUAUGCCAGACUCGAGGAUCGACUGAUGAUGACCAGUCCAUAAUUCUAAGACGAAGAUCUAGAGCUACACUUGGUAGAGAGAAGCAACUAUUUGUAGUACCAUCACCUGCAUUACCUAAAAGAAGAAUUUCAAAGAGAAUAUACAGACGUUUGAAUAAUUCCGCACAAAAUGCGGAAUCUAGUAAUUACUCGUUAAGAUUGUCUGACAAUGAGCAUUCAUCAUUUCUCACAGUGAAACCAGGAUUGGAAUGUAGUGCAAAUGCUAAUUUAUCUGCAGCUGAGCUUUCCAUUAUUUUCACUAGAAAGCGAGUUUCUCGGCAUUUGUCAAAAAGAGAAAGUACCAUCUCUGUUAAUGUUACAACUGGUGAGGAAGAUUCACAGUAUCUUCCACAAUUGACAGUGUCACAAAGAAUGUCUUGUAAGGGGUAUGUUACUACACGUAGAAAUGUAAACAAAGGAAAGAAAGUAGAGAGAGUAUUUAACAUAAGCAAAUUGUCUGCCAACAGUAGAAAGGUAGGAUUUAAUUGCUCUAGAAUCAGCACUUCAUCAUAUGGUAGUUUAUUGAAGAGCUCUCUUAUUGACAACUUCAAAAAACGAAGAAAAAGUAUGGCAGACCAAUUUGUAUAUCGUAAGGGAAGGUAUAGUAAAGAUUCCUGUAGUUCAAACUCCUAUGAGGAAUGUUCUUCAAACUCCUAUGAGGAAUGUAAUUCAACCAAAGUGGAUACAGAAAAUGUUUUGUUCAGUGGUAAUGAAGCUUUAACAAAAGAUGGGGAUGUCAGUAUUACCAGUGACCUUCUGUUGCCAGAAUCUUGUGCAUUAAUGUCAUCUGAAUGUCAAGAAGCUUCUUCAGUCAAGGAAGACCUGGAGAGGCCUGAAAAUCUAACUGAAAUAAAAGAGGGUAUCGCACUUCUGGGAUGCAAACGGGCAGCAUCUCAAGGUUUCGAGGUUAGUAGAGAAUCUACUAGAAAUUCUGGUAAGGCAAAGGCAGAGUCCAGAGAUUUCAUGCAUUUGCCUCCAUUUUUGAGUUCUACCAAUGAACUUGAGGACUGUGUAUUGUUGCCCAUCUGCACAAUACCUAUGAAGCCGGGAAAAGGAUGGCGAAGACCCUUUUCUAGCAUAGUUGUUCCAGAGGCUUCACAUAAUGCAGUUGGGCAGAGUGACGAUAUCCGACGACAAACGGUGCACUGCAUGUCGAAUAGACUAAGAAGAUCCUCAGUCCUGCGUAUGUCAUCCAACCCAUCAGAGAUAAGUCACAGAAUAAACCAGAUGGGCGCUAACCCAAGGGAAAUUCACAAUCGAUCAAAAACAAAGCUUCAGAUUUCUUUAAUCACUGAGAAUGAUAGUACUGAGGCUAAUUUGAUAUCUAUAAAUCCUCGAGAUCAUGUGUUGGUGCUGUGUGAUCAAGAGGAGCCUCUACCCCUCACUGAUUGCUUUACAGCUAGCCGUCUAGCUUGCUGCAAGAAAAUUGGGGAAGGCGUGUAUGGUGAAGUGUUUAUGACGCAACCCAAUCCCACUUCCUUGGAAGGAGCAACAGUUAUGAAGAUUAUGCCCAUAGAAGGGAACAUAGAUGUAAAUGGAGAACCACAGAAGAAAUUUCAUGAAAUUCUGUCUGAGAUUGUUAUUUCAUUAGAACUAAGCAACCUACGGGAAGCCGACAAUGAAAAGAACUGGUGUGAGAACUUCGUUCAUGUCUUAAAGUGCUGGUGUGUCCAGGGCAGUUAUCAUCAGGACUUGCUUUGUCUCUGGGAUGAAUUUCAUGAGAAGAAAGAGUCUGAUAAUGAUCGUCCCGAUAUAUUUCUUGAGGAUCAGUUAUACAUCGUGCUGGAGUUUGGACACGGUGGUGGCGACUUGGAAAGUUUUGUUUUCAACAAUGCCCGAGAUGCUUUGGCAAUCUUUCUCCAGAUUGCAUAUAGCUUGGCUGUAGCUGAACAAGAAUUGGAAUUUGAGCACCGAGAUCUUCACUGGGGCAACGUUUUAGUUGCUCAAACUCAAGAGACCUCAAUUAAUUUCAAGCUGAAUGGGGAAUGCUACACUCUUCAGACUAAUGGAGUAAAAGCAACAGUGAUAGAUUUUACUUUGUCAAGGAUGAAAUUGCCACAUUGUGUUGUAUUCAACAAUUUGGCCGAGGACCCGUCGCUGUUUGCUGGCGAGGGUGAUUACCAGUUUGAAAUCUACAGGCAAAUGAUGAAAGCCAAUAAGAAUGAGUGGGAGGCCUUUACACCGUACACUAACGUAUUAUGGCUUCACUAUAUCCUGGAAAAGAUGACGUCUGACUGUUAUUUUAAAAAUGUAAAGUCCAAGGUACACAAGAGUAAUUAUGAGCAACUCAUCAAAUUCAAACAACAAAUGCUUAAUUAUGACAGUGCUAUGGAUUUUGUAUUAAAGAGGGAGCAAUAUAUGUGAUAAUUUUCAUAUCUGUAAAUUAUCCUUUAUUUUAUAGUACAAAUUUUUGUUAGGUUUUUGAAAUCUGCAUUUAUUAAUGUGCAGGUAUUUUGUAAUAUAACUACCAGAGCACAUCUUGAAAGAAUAAUACAUUAAGGGUUGUAUCAACUCAGAAUUACAGUAUUGUAUUAAGAGUGUUAAUGCAUCAUUUAGUGAAGAACUUUUGCCAGAAGCUGGUAAGAGGAAACUAUUAUGUUGCAGAUAAUGAGCUACAAUAUUGUUCUAUUAUACAUAAACCAUUUUUCUUCCCUUUUCUUGUAUUUUCUCUAAUCACCCAAUAUUUUUAUGUAUAUUAUGUUCUUGUAGAAUUUACUUUUAUACAUUUUAUAUAAAAAAGUUUUCUAAAUCCAAAUGGGAAACAUGUACAGUACUGUAUAUAUAUAUUGUACAUAGAUUGAUGUACUGUACUAAGAAGAGUAGCCUUCAUUCUGUGGGCUGUUGGUUUUUCUGUGCCCAGAUUCAAGAGGAUUUAUUGGGCAUAAAGCCAGGCUUUCCUGUUGUUGCAUUGAGUAAUAAACCAUUUUCCUUUC